AGGUUUCAUCGUUUUAUAUGGUUUAUAGCAAACACGAGGAAGUCGACAAGAACCAACAUUGUUCACUAUGGAUCGUCCACCAUUCAAAUCAACCAAUCAUUCUCUCUUUCUCUAUAUAUGUCCUUCAACUAUAACACUUUCUUCAACACAAAACGUAGUAUAUUUAGUUACAAAAAAAAAAACGUAGUAUCUUUAAUUGUUUCUACAGUUUUCAAAUCUCUGGAUCAUGUGUUUCUUUUAUAGCAGGGGCGACCGAAACUUGACUAAAGUAAAAAGAGAUGUGGCAUGGUGGAUGGAAGCGGCUCCUCCACGGAUAAUUUAUCCGGAGAAGCCAUCUACUACUCCGGUUCUUGAGACUAUUUUAGAAGAACGAGAGACCGAAGAAGAUGAUCAAGAACAUGAUGAGGAAGACCUUUGAUGAUCAUUUUAACUUUCGUAUUAGUAAUCUUUUGUUUUGUAUUUUGUUAUAAAUGUAUAAGAUGAGAUUUUGUAUAUUUAUAAUGACAUCUCAUCAUGAUAAUUAGUUAAUAUAUAGUCUAUCUGUUUCUCAACUAAAUUAUGAUAAUAUUUCUCUGGGAUUUUUGUUUGGA